AUGAGCACAAUUAGAGUCAUCAUCCCUUGUGCAGUAAAUCAAGGCUGGACUCUCCAACAGCUUGAUGUCAAGAAUGCUUUUCUACAUGGAGAGCUAGAAGAAGAUGUCUAUAUGGAAAUCCCUCCUGGCUUUGCUACUCCAAAUACCCAGGGAAAAGUGUGCAAAUUGAAAAAGUCCUUACAUGGUCUAAAGCAAUCACCCAGGGCCUGGUUUGGUCGAUUUCACAAAGCCAUGAUUGCCAAUGGCUAUAAGCAAAGCAAUGCUGAUCACACAUUGUUUGUGAAGAAAGUAGGACAGCAUAUCACAAUUCUACUAGUCUAUGUGGAUGACAUAGUGAUCACAGGGAGUGAUAUACAGGAAAUUCAGAAUUUGAAGAAUUAUUUGGGGACAGAAUUUGAGGUCAAAGACUUGGGGCGUUUAAGAUAUUUCUUGGGAAUAGAGGUUGCUUAUUCAGCUAAGGAUAUAUCUCUUUCCCAGAGAAAGUAUAUUCUUGAUCUUCUGAGUGAUACAGGGAUGCUCGGGUGUAAACCUGUUGAUACCCCUUUGGAACCUAACACACACUUAAAGAGCAAGGAAGGUGACCCGGUGGAUAAAGGUACUUAUCAGAGGUUACUAGAACGGUUGAUAUAUCUCUCUCAUGCCCGACCUGACAUCACAUUUGCAGUAAGUGUUGUAAGUCAGUACAUGCAUGACCCUUACUCAUCUCACAUGGAGGCAGCCUACAGAAUUCUGAAGUACCUAAAGUCUUCUCCUGGAAAAGGAAUCUUAUAUUCUCCCCAUAGUAAUCCUCAGAUAGAGGCCUAUACUGAUGCAGAUUGGGCUGGAAGUCCCGAUGAUAGGAGGUCAACAUCCGGAUAUUAUACAUUUGUUGGAGGAAACUUAACUACUUGGAGGAGCAAGAAACAAGCCGUGGUUGCUCGGUCUAGUGUUGAGGCAGAAUUCAGGGCCAUGGCAAAAGGGGUCUGCGAACUUUUGUGGCUCAAGGGGCUUCUUCAAGAUAUAGGUAUGGCUGUUGAUCUUCCUAUGCGCCUCUACUGUGAUAGCAAGUCAGCAAUCAAUAUUGCCCAUAACCCGGAAUUCCAACAAGUUACUGAUAAUUUGGUCUUGAGAAAUAGGGCUGAGAAAUUCAAUGGGCUUCUUCAAAGAAUUCAGUUUCUUGAAGCUCAUAAGUCAGUCUCCUCAAAUUUGAAAUCUGCUAGUGAGCUUUUGGUAAGAUUGUCUGCAAACGUAGAGAAAGCUUUGGGUUUGGAAUAUCAGUUGAACAAGCGCCAGCUCAUUGGAGUGAUGAUUGGUAAUGGAUCAUGUAGCUGGGGUUCUUCCUGCAACAUUGGAGAUGUCCGGGCUGCAUGUUGGGUUCCUUUUGAUAUUUAUAUGGAGACUGCAAUGGAUGGGAAACAGCUUCCUGCCACAUCAUCUAUUGAUAUACUUACAGACUUAACAAAGACACUCCAAGUGAUAAACCGGGCGAGCUGGCAAGAGACCUUCCUAGCACUUUGGGUUUCAGCCCUUCGGCUUGUGCAACGAGAACGUGAUCCUCUAGAAGGUCCCAUUCCACAUCUUGAUGCACGUCUUUGUGUUCUUUUGUCCAUCACACCGUUGGCAAUUGUUCGUGUUGUGGGGGAUGAGAGUGAAAUGCCUUCAGCCGCUUUCCAGGGAGGUAUGGCAUUUGGGAGUGUGGGAACUGACUACAAGCAUGGAACUGCUAAUGCUUCCAGAAGACAUGAACUGAUUUCAUCUCUUCAGGCUCUUGGGCAGUUUUCUGGUCUCCUAUCUACCCCUGCUCCAGUUGUUGUUGAAGCUAAUAAUGCUGCUGCAAAGGCAGCGAACUUCAUCUAUAAUUUCAAGAAUGGGAAUGAGAGUUUUAAUGGUGGCAGCCGUGCUGAUACUUAUGUGAAAGCAGGUGGGAACAUGCGACAUCUCAUAGUGGAGGCUUGCAUUGCCAGAAAGUUGAUUGAUACAUCAGCAUACUUCUGGCCUGGUUAUGUGCUUCCAUCAGUAACCCCAUUGUCGGAUCCAUCACCAGUUCAAGGAUCUCCAUGGUUUGCCUUCAUGGAAGGGGCUCCAUUAGCUGGUCCUCUAAAAAAUGCCCUAAUUGCAACUCCUGCUUCGAGCUUAGCGGAGAUUGAGAAGUUGUAUCACAUGGCAUUAAAUGGGCCAGAGGAGGAUAGGUCAGUGUCUGCAAAGAUAAUAUGUGGUGCAUCUCUCACCCGUGGAUGGAAUAUCCAGGAGUAUGUGGUGCACUUUGUAGUCAAACUUCUGUCUCCUCCUGUACCCCCCAAUUUUACUGGACCUGGAAGUCAUUUAGUGGAUUAUAUGUCAAUGCUGAAUGCUAUUCUUUUUGGGUUGUCUUCUGCUGAUGCUGAGCAUAUUCUUUCUUUGCAUGGUUUGGUUCCUGAAGUUGCUGCAGCUUUAAUGCCACUUUGUGAGGCUUUUGGGUCACUUAUGCCAACCUCAAGUCACAAAUCAAGCAUGGGUGAUGAGAUCUCAGCUUACACGGUAUUUUCAUGUGCAUUUCUCUUUCUUCUUCGGUUGUGGAAAUUCUAUAGACCUCCUCAUGAGCACUGUAUCACGGAUCGAGGAUCCACAGGAUCUGAGCUCACUCUGGAGUACCUGUUAUUAUUACGAAACAGUCGCAGUGCGUCACAUAAUUCUGCUCCUGUGGAUAAAACUAAUAAAGUUGCCCACCUGCUUGAAUCAUCGUCAGCUCCUCCUGUAUAUAUUGACUCCUUUCCGAAAUUACGAGCGUGGUAUUGUCAAAACCAAGCGUGUAUAGCCUCAACACUCUCUGGCCUCUGCAGUGGUAAUCCAGUUCACCAAGUUGCCAAUAAGAUCUUAAGUAUGAUCUAUUGGAAAAUGACUAAGGGUGGGACCUUGUCUGGUAACUCAACACCUUCAAGCAGCAGCAUUAGUGGGUCCCCUGUGAGUACUGGAGAAGAUGUUUAUCAGAGACCCAUGCUCCCUGCAUGGGAGGUUUUGGAAGCAACACCUUUUGUUCUUGAGGCAGUUUUAUCAGCCUGUGCCCAUGGUAGACUUUCAUCUCGGGACUUAACUACAGGCUUGAGGGACCUUGUGGACUUUCUACCAGCUUCACUUGCAGCUAUUAUAAGUUAUUUCUCUGCUGAAAUUACUCGUGGUAUUUGGAAGCCUGUCUCAAUGAAUGGAGUGGAUUGGCCUAGUCCAGCAGCAAACCUUCUUUUGAUUGAAUCGGAAAUAAAGGAAAUCCUUGCUGCUGCAGGGGUUGAUGCUCCCAGCUGUUCAGCAGUUACACCUGUGAUGCUUCCGUUGCCGAUGGCAGCUAUGGUUAGUUUAACCAUAACAUUCAAACUUGACAAGAGCUUGGAAUACAUCCAUGGUGUCGUUGGACCUGCUUUGGAAAAUUGCGCAUCAGGAUGCCCUUGGUCUAGCAUGCCAGUUGUUGGAGCAUUGUGGGCCCAAAAGGUUCGUAGGUGGCACAACUUCAUUGUUGUAGGAUGCUCCCGGUCUGCCUUCAAACAGGACAGAGAAGCCGUUGCCCAGCUUCUCAGGAGUUGCUUCAAUUCUUUCCUUGGGUCAACGCAUGACACCAGCUCCCACAUGACUGAUCAGAGGGGUGUAAACGGUCUCCUGGGCAGCACCAUUGAUGCUUGUGGGCUCCGUCCUUCCAUAGCUCCUGGUUUCCUAUACCUCAGGACUUGUAGGACAAUACACAAUGUCCAAUUUGUGAACGAUGUGAUUGUAGAGCUCGUUGCUAAGUCGGCCCGAGAAUUGGCGGAUAGGUGGGCAGGUGCAGGCUCGUCUCGGUUGAAGUCUUGUCAAGAAUCACUUGCAACUGCUGUGGCGAGAGCAAAGCAGGUGGCAACACUUGGUGCGAGUCUCUUGUGUGUGGCAGGUGGGGUGCAACUGGUCCAGUUGUUGUACCAAGAGACCAUUCCAACAUGGCUACUCUCGACUAGGGAAAGGAAAUUAACAGAAGCGGUUUCUGUGUCUAGAAUUCUGGAAGGGUAUGCCAUGGCUUAUCUGUUGGUACUAUCAGGAUCCUUCAUUUGGGGGGUGAGGGAAACAUCACCAUUCUCUAGACGGGCCGGUAUUGUUGGGAUACAUGUGGAUUUUGUGGCUGGGGCACUGGAGGGGAACAUAUCGCUGGGUUGUCAUCCAGCCACUUGGAAGUCAUAUGUAUCAUGUUUUGUAGGUUUGGUGGUUAGUUUUGCUCCGGCUUGGAUACAAGAGGUGAAGUUGGAAACGUUGAAGAAAUUAGCAAAUGGGUUGAGAGGGUGGCAUGAGUUUGAGUUGGCUCUUUCUCUUCUUGAAAGAGGUGGGCCUGCAGCAAUGGGAUGUGUAGCAGAGCUAAUACAUAUGAUGAACGAUUGACAUAUCAUUUUGAC